AUGGUUAACCUGCAGAUCAGUGCAGCGGGCAAGCCAAAGCGCCAUGAGCUGAAGAAUGCGUACGGAGUGACCAAUUUGAACCUUCCGAUGCAGAGCUUGCGUCGAGAAGAUGUGAAGGCAGGGAAGGCGAAUGCGCGCCUGCCUGUAAAGCCGUAUAACAACGCGACGCCAAGGAUCCUAAGUGAACUGGAUCAUGCACAUCUAGGAAUACCCCUCAGAACCAGAAGCUAUGGACCUGGAGGACCAUAUGCAGCAGCCACCGCACUUGGAUGGGUGGUGUAUGGACCGGUGAGUGGAAAGACCACCUCACCGCUUCAGAGACCGUGCCUCCUAGCAGUGCCACAGGAUAAUCUUCUAGAGAAGAUGGUCUGUGAUUACUUCGAGAAUUUCGGAGUGAAGCCGGCACAGUCAGUCGCAGCUGGCGGAGUGAAGCCGCCGCCGUCAGUUUAGAUGACGGCGACGCACGGGCCCUGAGUAUCCUGGAGGAGACAACAAAGCGAGUUGGCCGACGAUAAGAGACUGGGCUGCUAUGGAGAGACGACGAGGAGAGACCGCCAGAGAGCUACAAUAUGGCACUCAAGAGACUCGUCAAUAUCAAACGGAAAAUGAGGCACGAUGUGGACUUUGCGCGGGCGUACAAGGGAAUAAUAGAUGAUUACAUCAAGAAAGGUUAAGCACGACGACUGGAGCCGCAAGAAGCCAAGUGGUCUCAGGAAGGCAAGGCAUGGUACCUGCCGCAUUUCGGGGCGGAAAUCCCGAAUAAGCCUGGAAAAAUCCUGCUGGUCUUCGAAGCGGCUGCCAAGGUGAACAACGUGUCACUGAAUUCGGCGCUAAUGAAAGGCCCACAGCGCUACAAGCCCCUCCCAGCAGUGCUUGUCCAUUUUCGGGAAGGAGCAGUUUGGGUGUGUGCAGACAUCAAGGAGAUGUUUCAUUAGAUAUUAUUGCAGCUACAGGACAGAUGCGCCCAGAGGUUCCUGUGGAGAAACGGAGACGAUCGUCGGGAGCCCGACGUAUUCGAGAUGCAGGUGAUGACGAUCGGAGCGGCCUGCUCACCAUGCUCGGCGGAUUAUGUGAAAACCGUGAAUGCAUCACAGUCCAGCAGCACGGAUCCGCGAGCAGUCCUGGUGAUCAACGAAUACUACUACGUGGGGAACUACGUCGAAGGUUUCAUCAGUGAAGAAGAAGCUAUCGCCGUUUCGACACGGGUGAGAGAAAUAAAUACAGAUGCUUGGUUUGAUUUGUGUCGAUUUACUUUCAGUUCGGCAAGUGUGGUCAGAGCGUUGAACCCACUUGAAUCCAUAGCUAGCGUUAGAUGGCCCGAAGCUGAGAAGAAGGUACUAGGAAUAUACUGGCAGCCGGCUACAGAUGACUUCAAGCUCGGCGUCAAAUAUCAUCGAGUCACGAGGAGCGUCAUGACAGGGCAACGUGUUCCUACGAAGAGGGAGUUUCCGAGCCUGGUUCCCGCGACUGGAACUUCAAGCAACAGCACUGGGCACGAGACCGAUCCAGAAGGAGCACGGUGUGGCGAUCGGCAGCUGCGUAUUAUGGACGGAUUCUAAGACCGUGCUGCACUAGAUAGAUAAGCAGUACCCACCAGAGACACAAACAGUUCGUCGGGAACCGGGUGGAAGAGAUUUUAGAAUUCACGAAGGCGUCCCAAUGGAGAUGGAUUCCGUCUGCCGAAAACGUGGCAGAUGAUGCAACGAGGAAGCGCAAGGCCGUGAACCUAAGCAUUGGUUCCCGGUGGCUAAGCGGUCCACCAUUUCUACUAAGACCAGGUAGACCAAGAAAAAAGAUGGCCGAGAUCAAGAGAGAGGACUAGAGUCCCCCGACGCCAGAUGAAGAGGAGAUGAAAUGUUGAUAAGGAGCACCGCAUGGGUGAUCGAAAGGACCACGCUGAGGCAGAGCGUGCACUGAUUAGGUAAUUGCAGCGAGAAGCGUUCGCCGAGGACAGCUAAGGAAGGGCUGCCAAGGGCAGCCAACGGUACGGGUUGUCCUCAUACUUGGACGAGGACGGAGUAAUGCGAGCCAGCGGAAGAAUCGACGACGUGAUGUGACGUACGUGACGUACAGCGUCGGCCGAUCAUACUCUUUCACAAGGAGGCACUGGCGGAGAUGAUUGUGCGGCAUCACCAUCAAAGGAUGUGCCACCAAAAUAUGGAGACAACUAUUGGAGCGAUCCGGCAGAAGUUCUGGAUAACGAACUUACGGAGGCUGCUACGGAAAGUGAGGAGCAAAUGCCUCGUUUGCAUGCUACGAAGGGCGCGACCAGAGCAGCCCGAAAUGGGCCCCCUGCCAGAGGACCAGCUGGAGGCCAACGGAUGCCCAUUUAAGUUUACCGGCCUGGAUUUCUUUCUACCAGUAUUUGUGACUGUUGGACGUCACACGGAGAAAAAGUGGGUGGCAUUAUUUACAUGUCUAACCACAAGGGCUAUACACUUGGAGCUGGCCCACGAUUUUUCUACAGAUUUCUGUAUAAUCGCCAUGAGGAACUUCAUGAGCCGCCGUAGACCGGUGGUCAGGAUAAGGAGCGACAAGGGAAAGACGUGGCUAUACCACGAAGAGAGUGGAAACGAGGCGUCGUGGAAGAGGUGUUCACCGGAAGAGAUGGAGUACCUCAUCGAGCGGCGGUGCGGACUAACGAUCGAGCCAAGACGACAAUGCGUCCCGUUUCGAAGCUAGCUGUCCUGGACGUGGUGAAUGCGGCUGCUUCAUGGGGGUGGGGAUGUCGCUGAAUGGAUUAGGGCUAUCGAUAGUUAAGGUUGAAUUUAGUAUUCAGUAUUAUUUGUGUGAGGAUUUCUAGGGUCAUAUUAUUCGGUCACACUGAAUCCAGCUUACGAGCUUAAAAUUGGCGGUUCGGUCUAAACCGAUUUGCACCAUCACAGAGAAAGGGGAAAGAAACUGCGGUAUAUAGGCUAAGUUAUUGUAUUUCAGGUUAGGCUAACUCAUUUACAUAUUUCAGAACUAAACACUAUCUCCAACACACUCUUGUUGUCUUUGAUAUCGCUAACCAAGCGACGAUAUCAACUAGUGUUCCGAAGGCAUAUUUUUUGUCAAUAUCUAUCGAUUUACCAAAUAUUUUUCAAAUCGAAAAAUUAUUUCGAUAUUUUAAAG